AUGGUUUCUGCGGCAAGCCGAGCACUACUCGUUUUAGCAGUCUUUGCCGGGGGCGCUCUAACAAGAAGCCCGAAGUCACCGAGCCUUCCCCGCGGAAAUGUCUCGCAUACAUCCGUCACCAUCGCCGGCGGUCGAGUCCAUGGCAUGAUCGACCAUUCAAUGCCAAAUGUCCGCCAGUUUCUCGGGAUACCGUAUGCCCAACCACCAGUCGGCAAGUUGCGCUUUGCCGCACCACAGCCUGCUCUGCCCUUUGGCGACCUGGACGCAACACAUAUGCCCCCGAGCUGCCCUCAGUUUCUGAUGAAGACGCCCCAGAACGUCUAUACAGAACACGUGCUCGAGUUCAACCUCCAAGGGGCCAAUGCCACCAGCCACGAGAUCAGCGAGGACUGCUUGACCAUCAGCGUGUGGACGCCGACGUCCACAUCCAACGUCAUCCACGAGACUCGGCACCUCCCGGUUCUCAUUUUCAUCUACGGUGGCGCGUUUCUCACUGGCAGCGUCGACGUGCCCUACCAGGUCCCCGCGCAAUGGGUCCAGCGCACGCAGGCCCACGUCGUCGCCGUCUUCAACUACCGCCUCAACAUAUACGGCUUUCCCCAUGCCGCAGGUCUGCCCGAGGGCCAGGAGAAUGCGGGACUGCGGGACCAACGUCUGGCCGUCGAGUGGGUGCGCGACAACAUCGCCGCGUUUGGCGGCGACCCGGCGCGCAUCACCUUGUGGGGCCAGAGCGCGGGCGCCAUCGGCGCUGGCUAUUACCAGUACGCCUACGCGCAUGAUCCCAUCAUAAACGCCGUCAUUAUGAACUCGGGUACCGAGCUACUGCCUGGCGCCACCUCCUCGUCGGCCGACGCGAAGGGCCUGACAUUUAGCACCGUGGCGGCGCAGUUUGGGUGCGGCAAUCUGUCUGCCACCGCCGAGCUGGACUGCAUGCGCGGUGCCAAUAUCUCGGCGCUGAACGUAGAGGGUUUCAUCGAAACCCACAAUGACGCCAGCAUCCUCGAUUUUCUCGAGGGCAAGCCGUCCACCGUCUUUUUCUUCACCCCGGUCGUGGACAACCUCACCGUCUUCCCCGACUACACGGCUCGCGCGAGGGCAGGUGAGAUAGCCAAAAUUCCGACAAUAUUGGGAACUAACAAAGAAGAUGGCGUUCCAUUUGUUCCUCUGGACGCCGACGGCGGAGGCGUGAACGAGACGUUGGCAAUGUGGGCUACACUUGGGUCGUUCUUCUGCCCAGGCUUCAAGGCGGCAACAAACCGCAUCGCUGCCGGCGUGCCCGUUUACCGCUAUUUGUAUGCUGGCAACUUCUCCAACAUCUCGCCCGCGCCCUUCCUCGGCGCCUACCACGCGGCGGAGCUGCCCAUGAUAUUUGGCACGGAGAACAACUACCGCGGCCCACCAACCGAUCUCGAGCUCGCGACGAGCCACGCCAUGCAGGACGCCUGGCUAGCGUUUGCAAGCACCGGCGUCCCCGCGGACGGGUGGCCGCGCUACACGGACCCCGUUACCGGGCUGGCGCGAGAGUAUGGCGUCGCGAGCUCGGCUCCGCUGGGCUACGUCGAUAUAAGCCUCCAUCCAGAGGAGGCGCAGCUGUGUCCGGAAAUGUACCAGCCUGACGCCCCGUAA